AUGUCGAACUUUGCACCCGUGCAACCGGACGACGCCAAUCCGUGGGCAACCCAUGCAUCAUCCUCGUCCUCCACCACAUCCGCAGCACCAGCUCCACAACCAGGCUCAUCCUUACAAGAUGCCAUCAUAGUAGACGAUCCGCCAGAUGAUGUUCCGCCGCCCUACUCGGUGCCACCAGCUCAGCAAGGCUUCGCAUCAUCAUCAUCAACAACCGCAUCAGCACGCCCUCCCCGCGCCGAUGUUUCAUCCACCGGCUUGGAAGGCAGAGACCAGCUCCUGCUGCUUGUCUUCAUCCACGGCUUCAAAGGAUCUUCCGAUACCACGUUCGAGGACUUUCCGUCUCGGCUCACGUACAACCUCCAAGAAACGUACCCAGGUCUGCACGUCAAGUCUCUUGUCUACCCUACCUACGACACGCGGGGCAGCCUUGCAGCCGCCGUCGAGUCCUUUGUCGAGUGGCUAACAGAGCAGACGGUCAUGCUCGAAUCCAAACCAGAGAUCGAUCUGAGCACAGGCAACAUUGUUCCCAACUCGGGAAAAGGAGGUGGCAUGGGAAGCGUCAAGAUCGUGCUGGCGGGUCAUUCCAUGGGUGGCUUGGUGGCUGUAGAUGCCGCGCUGGCUAUUGCGCAGAGCAGUGCGGAUCAGCAGGCCAAGACGCCGAGCGACAAGAGGAGCAGUCUCAAGCUCUGGCCCAGAGUCAUCGGUGUGUUGGCAUACGAUACGCCGUAUUAUGGUGUCCAUCCGGGCGUGUUCAAGCACGGCAUCAACAAGUACGCGGGCUAUCUGCAGACUGCACAGACCAUCGGGACGUUUUUCGCACCCAUGGGGGUCGGGUUGGCCGCGAGGUGGAAUUCGGAACGCCAGUCGCAGGCGCAAUCGAACAACGGCGUUGGCAGCAACACCACAAGAUCAGCAACAGCUUCACGAAACAAUGAUGAGGCAGCAUCAUCGAGGGCCAAGGGUAAUUGGAGGAGCGCACUCAUGGCGACGGGUGCUGUGGCGUUGGCUUCGGGCGCCGCUGCUUCCGCUGCGUAUUUCAACAAGGACAAGCUCAACGGAGCCUACGGAUGGGUCACCGAUCAUCUUGCGUUUGUCUCGAAUCUUUGGGACGACAAUGCUCUGCGUCUUCGGCUGGAUCGAUUGGUGGAUCAACCGCAGAUCCUGUUUCACUGCUACUACACGCGUCUACCGUCUACUUCCCGCGCGGCGAAUCCUCAGCUUGAUGCGACCACAGCGCGCGAUCGAACUUUCAUCAUCUUGCCCCCGCGCUCGGCGAGGUGCGCAGGCAGUUUCACGCCGAUGGACAAUACCAAGGCGGUGGACGAGGUGGAUGCGCACAUCAGCAUGUUUUCGGGCAAGAACAAUCCGAGGUAUUUCGAUCUAGGGUUGAAGACGAGCGGGUUGAUUGCGGUAUGCUUGGAUAACGAGAGUCGGUUUGGUGAUCAGGUGGAGGCGCAGAGUAGGGUGGGGGAGGAGGUGGAGGAGGAGAAGGGGUGUAGGGAGGGGGAUGAGGAGUUGGAGUGGAUGAAGAGGCAGGCGAAGGGGGACGAGGGGGCGUGA